GAUCAUUGAUCACAUGGCAAUCUCUGUUUGGUCAGACGGUGAGGAAUGUAAGAGACAGAGCAGGUAGUGAUGCUCCAGCACGUUGGACAGCUCCGCAUCGCUGCUUCUCUCUUCAUGUGGCCACCAACACACUGAGGAUGGCAGGAAACCAGUCCCAGUGGAAUACCACACCUGCUGAGCCUUUACAGAACUUUUCUGUCUUCUCUCUGUUUAACUUGUCUGCUCCACCCUCUCCUCCACCCUGGAAGGCUCCCUCCUUCACUGUGGCAGCCCGCUGCCGUGUAGCCGCCACCCUGGUGCUGUUUGCAUUUGCUGCUGUCAGUAACUUGUCUGUCCUCAUUAGUGUGUGCUGGGGCCGAGGCUAUCGCCUGCCAGCACACCUCCGCCCACUCAUUGCCAGUUUAGCAUCAGCUGAUCUGGUGAUGACUUUUGUGGUGAUGCCACUGGAUGCCAUUUGGAACAUCACAGUGCAGUGGUAUGCUGGGGAUGUCAUGUGUAAGCUGCUGUGUUUCCUCAAGCUCUUUGCCAUGCACUCGGCUGCAUUCAUACUGGUAGUGGUGAGUCUGGACCGCUUUCGGGCUAUCCUCCAUCCUCUGGACUCUCUGGACGCUGGGCUCAGGAACAAACGCAUGCUGCUUGUGGCAUGGACUCUGAGUGUGUUGCUGGCCUCUCCACAGCUGUUCAUCUUUCGGGCCAUUAAGGCUGAUGGAGUGGACUUCACUCAGUGUGUGACCCAUGGAAGUUUCCAGCAUCGCUGGCAGGAGACGGCAUACAACAUGUUUCACUUUGUGACGCUGUAUGUCUUCCCCCUGCUUGUCAUGACUUUCUGCUACACCCGCAUCCUCAUCAAGAUCAAUGGGCAGAUGCACAAGAGAAAAGAUGGUGAGCAGUGCCUUAGACGCAGUGGGACAGACAUGAUACCUAAAGCCCGGAUGAAGACCCUCAAGAUGACUAUUGUGAUUGUUAGCUCCUUUGUCAUCUGUUGGACACCCUACUACAUCCUUGGGAUCUGGUACUGGUUCCAACCAGCAAUUAUCCAACGCACACCUGAGUACAUACACCACAUACUUUUUGUCUUUGGAAACCUGAACACGUGCUGUGACCCUGUCAUCUACGGCUUCUACACUCCAUCUUUCCGGGCCGACCUCACAGAUGUGAUGGUGUGCUGCUGUGGUCACCAAGCCAACAACGCCUCACCUCGCUCUGUGGAUCAUCUGUCUUGUCGCAGAGCUGGAGUUGCUGGGGAGAUGGAGUCUGACCUGAGUUCAAACCAGCAUAGUGGCAAUCCAAGUUAGACAGUACUCAUUUGACCCUGACCAGUUAAACAGUGUUACAAUAUACCAGAUGUCCUUAAUGUCAGCUGUUUGCUCAAGGUCUUCCAUGAGCACAUUAUUGGAUUGGGAACAACUUCUGAUUUUAUAGAUCUGUGGAACUGUGCUAUGAAGAGUAAAGCUUCCUCAAUAUCUCCCAUGUUGUAUGCUUAUGGUUGCUGAAAUUUUUGAUGAUAGCCUUUAGAAGUUCUCCAUUGCUUCUAAUGAUGUGCUUCAACAAUUUCUUUUUAACUCUAUAGCUGUUUUUAGCUAUGCCGGCCGUUCACUGCAGUACAUGAAGGCUGAUCUUCAGUAGCCUUCUGAGACAUCCACCUCACAGCUGUAUUGAUCCUUACCAGUGCUUAGAGAUGAUCUCCUCAUACAUAUCAAUAUGCAUUUACCUACAGUAACUAAGUCUUUUUUUUCCCCUUACAUACGCAAUGCGGCCUCAACAGAGUGUAGAUGCCUGUUAAUAGAUGUACCCUCUAUACUAAGAAGUAUUUACUGAGCAUUUCUACGCUAACCACAUACAGCUAUGAAAUUGAUGUCUAUCUUAUUAUUUCAGUGUCAGAAAAGAGUACAUAAAGAAUGUCCAAUAAUGUUUACCUUAAGCUUUGAUAGUCUGUGUUACCACUAUCUACGAGAGAAGACAAAGACUGCUGGCUGGAUUCUUGGUGUUUCACUGCAUGGCUGUCUGUCACUGACUGAUAGUAUUUAUUGUAUAGAAUACAAUAGGAAGUAGGACAAAAUCAUUACUAAAGACAAAAGUAAAUAUUUCACCUUUAAAAUGUAUAUGUUCCAAGUUGACACUUGGCCAGAAUUAAACUCAUUGUAUAUUGUAACUGUCAACAAAUAACUGCUUGUCACUUACACAUAUAUAUGAAUAACAAAUGUGCAAUUUAUAUCUAAUUUAUACACUUGAAAAGCACACGAGUUUACAAAACUGUAUCACAUCAUAUCCGUAGAUUUGUGAGCUGCACAUUUUAGCUGCAAAUCUCCUGUUGUACUAGACUGACAUCUGGUGACUGCGAAGGUCACUGACGUUCAUUGAACUCACUGUCAUGUUCAUGAAACCAGUUGUAGACUGGGAUCAAACCACUGUCACUCUGGAUAGUUGACGACCCACUCUAUCUCCUGAGCCCUGAACUCCAGAGAUGUGUUGUGUGUGAAAAUCUGAUGUUUGAUGUGAACCUUAACUAAAGCUCCUAGUCUACAUCUGACCUUCACCUGCAGGAUUUGAUGAAUAUCAGUGCUGCCUCAUGAUUGCCUGAUUAGAGAAUUGCACGAAUAAGCAGAAGAACUGAUGUUCCUAUACCAGCAUUAUUAUUAUCUUAGUGCAAGCAGGUUGCUCAAUAAAAAUC